AUGUCACCCAAAGCUCUCAUGCGGCAUAGAGUUGAAAAUCAUACUAAUACUAAUGGCGACGAAAAUAAUGAUAAUAAUGGUAACUCCAAGCCAAUGACCCAGCCAACCACAAACUCCAUCCGGAUCCGCGACAACCAACGACGAUCCCGCGCCCGUCGCAAGGAGUACCAGCAGGAUCUCGAGCGGCGGGUGCACAAGUUCGAGCAGGAGGGCGUCCAUGUGACCAUUGAGGUGCAGGCUGCUGCCAGGAAGGUCGCGAGAGAGAAUGCGCUGUUGAGGUCGCUGCUGAGGCUAAGAGGGGUCACUGCGGGGGAGAUCGAGGGGUACAUAGCCCAAGCGACCGUGGAUGAGGGCGACAAUAUGAAUAUGAACGGGAGCGGAAAUGCAAAUGGAAAUGGGAACUUGAACGUGAAUAUGAACCCGAGCCAGAAUAACGGCAGCCAUGCAGUCGGGAUGGGGUUUGCCCAGCUCCAAAAUGCAAUCCCCACAAUAUCUACAGCGACAUCAACGACGGCUGUUUUCCAAAACACCCUUAACCAUAACCAGAACCAGAACCAAACUCCAUCCCAAUUGGAUAAUUACUCUCCUUACUACCCAUCAGAACCAAAUUCCCUCCCCCCAGCUCCUCACCACCUAGAAAACAACGGAAAUGCCAACAACCUGCCCCUCUCCGUCUCCGGCUCGUCGUCCUCCUCGUACUCCCCGGGUAGUUUCCCAAACACAAGCCUGAGCCCAACUUCCUCCAGUAACCAACAACCACCCCAACCAUCGUACACUUCAUACUCACCCGCACUUCAAUGCGCAGUCGCAUAUAGCCAUAGCCAUAGCCAUAGCCAGAACCAAAAUCAGACUAAAAACCAGAACCAACCCAUCCCCAUCCCCAUCCCCAUCCCCAUCCCCAUCCCCCUUCCUCUCCCACAACAACAUCAACAAUUGCAACCACAGCUCCACAGACCCCUCACCCCAACCCAUCCGCACCCUUACCGGGCUUCCACCAUCCCAAACCACCACCUUACCCACUGCAUGCACCCGCAGCCGCAGCUUCACCAACACCUAAACCAACUCGUAAACGUAAACGUAAACACAGCCACCCUCCCCGCUCCCACCCCGGACACCACGUCCUGUGAAGUCGCCGCCAGCAUCAUCGCGGGCAUGCGCGGGCACGGCGAUGCGGACUCCGUUCGCGCUGAGCUGGCCUGUACGCCUGGUGCCGUUUCGUGCCAGGUGAGCAAUAUGGAGAUUUUCCGGGUGCUGGAUCGGUCGAUUGGGAGUUGUCGGUGA